AUGGCGAUGUUUCAGGUGCCCACAAGACCAGCCGGUCAUGUACACGUAGAGUUCAAGGCUGGGCGCAUGGACUGGGAUGGAAGAAUGGUGACUGCAGACAAGCGAAAGGGCAAGAUUCUGCUGUACACCUCCGAAGAGGACCAGUUGACGCAUUUUCAGUGGAUGGAUAGAGACAAGAACGAAGUGGUCACAGACUUGAUCGUCAUCAAUGAUGCCUAUAUGGAGAAAGUUACGAAGUGUACAUCAGGCCGCGCCUACAUCCUUCGCUUCACCUCCUCCGAUAAGAAGAUGUUCUUUUGGAUGCAGGAGCCAAGCGAGGACAAGGACGCGGAAAACAUAAAGAAAUUCAAUGAGGCCAUCGGUGCCACAAUCCCCGAGAAGACAGAGAAAAAGCCAGCUGCAGAAGCUGCCCCCGCGGAAGCGCCUGCGGAAACGGCCCCCAGUGAUCCUAGUGGUGAUGCGGGGGGUGAUCCUCCUAGUGACCCGAGUGCUCCUGCACCUGGUCCAGCCUAG